AUGGCGAUCAUGGACCAAUACUCCAUCAUGUCACCAGGCGAUUCGCCGACUACCCAGCACUGGGAAGGCAGCCCUGUACCGGUCAAAGAGAACAUGGUUGGAAAGACUGGACGUCUUGCGCCUAGAUGGAUUCAGGACUUGCUCAACUCUGACCUCGACUCCGGAUCAUUCGCAAGAAUCGAAUGGGAUCAACAGGCGCGUUGCAGCAACACAGGAGUACCGCAUCGACUUGUUCUUGUGGGUAACCAGAGCACGGCAGAAACUCGCAACCCUGGCGUUUUGUCUUGCGUUUGUGCAAUCUGCGAUUUUCACUUCUUGAUCAGGACCUGUUGGGACCCAGAUCAACUCGUCUGUCUGUGCCGCCCUAACGCUCUCCAUUUCCCUCCGAAAGACACAGACUUUUAUCUCCAUCAUCUCGUGAACAUCAAGCAGCCGCUUCGACCAACCAAGUCGACCUCAAACUACCAUUCUCUGAUCCGUGAGACUAUACUCGCCGUCGAGCACUUUGCCUGUUCGGCCCCUCGCUGCACGCUGCAAGUCACGGUCGAGAUUUCGCGACCUCGACUCAAGCGCGAGUGGCUGCACCUCCUUCUCAAUGAGCAGCGUAUCCUGGAUAAUCUGGCGAGAGCCAGGAAGCAGUCGCCGGAUCGAUUCGCAGACGCCAGAGACGAUUGGUGCACAAGCGCGCCGUCCACCCUGAACACCUAUCUUAGAGACUUGCUGGACAGACCCAAUCCACGCAACAUAUCUCAGCGUAACAAACGCUUUCAGGUCGUGUUUGGCGAGGAGUGCUAUGCCAUUUUCAGAGCCAUUAUGUUUACGGAGGAAAACCUUGAUAAAGACGGGGUUCUUGAGCCCUACUUCAUUCCGCCAAUGCUAGAACCUGGCACUCCUGGCACACCAACGGAACUAAGCACAUUACGGGCAUUCGUUGAGGACAUGCAGGCCGAGACGGAAAGUGUCAUAAUAAGAGGCGGAAAGACUGGCGAAAAUCGGCCAUAUGUCGGCAACAGGCUCUUUAAAGAGCUGCAAUGUCUUGACUACCCCCAGAACAAGAUUGCACAGGCUGCAACCGAAGCGCAUCGGACUCUCGGCGUGCUUCCAGAUUUCGACAAGGCGCUCAUCUUUUUCGCCUAUACCCGGCAGGCUGCCCUCUGCGAGAAGCGCCGUCCCACGUUUGUUGAAGCCCUCAAAGAUAUUGCCCUCCUCACAAACGACGACGACUUCCAGACCCGCGCGAUCCAAGAGCUCACGAUAUUGGACGGGAUGCCCACAGCGGAUAGCCCUGGCGCAGGCGACGAGUUGCAAACCCAGGCAUACUCCUUUUUCAGCCUCAAAUACACCGCCAGCGAUGACAACGUUGUUUCUGCUUUCAAUACCAAGAUCGAACACUCCCCCUCUCAAGCUGAUUCUGCCCGAGAAAUGCUGCAGAUCAUUGGGCGUCAUAGAAACAGUGAUCGCAUUCUUACGCAUGCCAACGGCCCAAUGGACGUCGCUUCAGCCUAUCGCAUUCUUGAAGUAGACCCCCAAUGGCCUGAUAGCACCAUUGUGAUGAUGUCCAACGUCAAGCUAAACAAGGAUCCAAAAAGUAAAGCCACAGCGGAAGUUGCAAUCAAAGCCAUGGAGGCCAUCGCCGAGGAUAGGAAAAGCGACGAAAUCCGUGAAGCAGCGAGGACUCUAGCUUUGUUGGCUCAAGCCCCAGAUCAGUCAUCGCAACCUGCGGAGAUGGACGCGGUACCUUCCAACGCCGGCAACUUGCCCGUUGGCCUCGAGAAUAUUGGCAACACUUGUUACUUGAACAGUAUCCUUCAGUAUCUCAACACAGUUAUCCCCGUUAAAAGCUUGCUUGCUCGUUACCCAGACUAUGAGCUAGGUCUGGAUGACUCGAAUAUCCAGCGUCGGCUUGUCGGCGGCAAUAAGCUCAAGAUUGAUCGUGCCGAGGCGGUUGUUGCCCGCGCCUUUGUCGAUGAAUUGAGCAGACUUUUGGAUAAUCUAAGUGGCUCUGAGGCUAGUGCUAUCCGGCCUUCUCAACGUCUCGCCAACGCCGUCCUGCUGCCGACCUCGAACUUGACUGAAGAUCCUGCCAAGCAGCCGAGCAAGACUGCAGAGGAACCGAAGACUCUGGAAGUCAUGGGCACUCAGUUCCCCACCCCUCCGCCGCUUCCUGCGAGACCUGCGCCAGGUCCUCCUGCACAGACGGCGGAACAUGUCGAGGACGUUGACAUGGUCAACGUCACUGUGGACCUGAUUUCUGAGUCUGCUAGCAGCGUAAGCUCGCAGACUCUAGUCAACCUUUCUGAUGUUGACCACGAGAAGAAGGAUUACGUGCCCGAGGAUAAGACCGACAUCAGAAUCGUCCCCCAAACGGUCGAGCCGUCUUCGGCCCGAUCCGCCAACGACAGCGAUGUCAGAAUGAAAGGAAUCGAGACAGCCGUUCUCAAUGUGGAACAACGAGUACUCAAGGCGCUGGAAACGCAGACCAGAGACUCAGGCACCGACCAACAAGACGUUGAGGAGGUCAUGGGCAGCAUUAUCAACCGCCUGCAGGCCGCCAUCAAGCCUACAAGGGUGGAUGCCACUGACGAAGUCCAGUGGGAGCCGAUCAUGGACACAUUUUACGUUGAAUUGACCAACCACACCAAAUUCCCAAAUCAGGAUAGAUACAAAUCAGACUCAACCCUGGAGCGUGCGAUCACGGCAUACCCUGCUGAAGGCGGACCGACGAACAUUCAUGACGGUCUUAGUCGAAACUUUGAUCUUCAGCGAGUCGCUGCCGGGGAAGCAGACAUCAUGCGAUACACGUCGAUCAAGAAGCUUCCUCCGAUCUUGCACGUCCUCAUUCAGAGAACGAAGGGGGAUGGCCACAAGAACAUGAACCCAGUCGAGGUGUUCGAGACAUUAUACCUUGACCGAUACAUGGAUACCCCGAAUGACCCGCAGUUCUUCAAGUUGCGGCAGAAAGGCUGGGCUCUUCAACAGCGUUUGGAUCAGCUGAACAACAUGCCCAAGACUGCGGCUGAGGACACGCAACUUAUCGACACUUUCAUCAAUGACUUCGUACACGUUGACAAGCCCGAUACCCAGGAGACGUCGUCACUUCUGGAUGACAUGCCCACGUCAUCCCUCAGCUUUGCGGGGGAGGAGCCGACGUUCCCUACGUAUACUCCGCAGUCGGAGCCGACAUUUGAAAAAGUGGAUCCGCCUGAGCCCACAGGCUUCACGGUGGAAGGACGCCAGCAGAUCAGCAACAUGCGCGAGGAUGAGCUGAAAUCUCACAAAGCGGAGCUUGAUCAGCUCUUUGCACAGCACAAGAAGCAUGCGUAUCGGUUGCAUGCAGUGAUAUGCCACAGUGGUCAGCUCAGAGCUGGUCACUAUUGGGUCUGGAUCCACGAUUUCGAGGCCGGAGUUUGGCGCAAGUACAACGACAGGGUCGUCACAGAAAACGCCGACACAAAAGAGGUCAUGAAGACACUAAACAGCAAUGGUGAUCCGUACUAUCUCUGUUAUGUGGAGGAGGGCAAAGAAGGCGACUUGGUCAAAGUGCCCAAACGCCAUCAAACAAAGCCUGGCCCGGCGAAUAAUAGCGAGGAUCAGGAUGCCGACGGAGAUAUUGAAUUGAUCGACGUGGACACGGUCCCACAGGGACUAAGCAAUAUACCAUUGGAGGACUAG